CACACGAAACCCACUAAACUACAAUGGCUCUUCUGCUAAUUAUGCAUCAUAACCUCACUGCUAACUAUGCAGACCCAACUUUCGUAGGAAGCUCUUUAACUGCUUCACUUAGUAUAAUUCCGGAUGAGGCAUCACCUUAUGAUGCUAGGAUAAAAUCCAGCAAUUGUCAGGUCUUGCGGCCAGAAUCUGAUUUGGCCAAGGUAGAAAGCAGCCAGAAGGGAGCUCUCAUGAGUAAUGGAAGUGCUAAAGAUUUAUCAGUCAUGGAACUGCAGCAAUACAAGAAUAACCAUUCAAAAUUAAGGAACAACCAUUCAAAAUUAAGGUCUACUUCAGAAGAGACGCAUAAUCAACCCUGCUGUCUUGUCUGUAAAGGGAAGAACAGUUGCCAAACGGUUCAUUCAAGAACAAAACUGAUGAAUACUUUGAUUGGAAGAGGGAAACCACAUGAAGCUCAGGCCGUCUUCAACAAUUUGACUGAAGAAGGACAUAGGCCCACUCUCAUAACAUACACAACUCUUGUGGCUGCCCUAACCCGCCAAAAGCGUUUCAAGUCUAUUCCUGCACUUCUUUCUAAAGUUGCAGAGAAUGGGAUGAAGCCUGAUUCAAUACUUCUCAAUGCCAUGAUCAAUGCUUUUUCUGAUUCUGGCAAGGUAGAUGAAGCCAUGAAAAUCUUUCAGAAAAUGAAGGAGUAUAGAUGUAAACCAACAACUAGUACUUAUAAUACCCUCAUCAAAGGAUUUGGGAUUGCUGGAAGGCCUCAUGAAUCUAUGAAAUUGCUAGAGAUGAUGGGUCAGGAUGAAAAUGUAAAACCAAAUGAGAGAACAUAUAAUAUUCUCAUCCAAGCCUGGUGUACCAAGAAGAAACUGGAAGAGGCAUGGAAUGUUUUGCAUAAAAUGGUGGCCUCUGGUCUGCACCCUGAUGUUGUCACAUACAACACAUUGGCAAGGGCAUAUGCUCAGAACGGUGAGACAGAAAAAGCCGAAAUGUUAAUAUUGAAAAUGUACUACAACAAAUUGAAACCUAAUGAACGAACUUGUGGUAUCAUAAUAAGUGGUUAUUGCAAGGAAGGCAAUAUGACAGAAGCCUUGAGGUUUCUGUACAGAAUGAAGGAGCUUGGAGUGCAUCCAAAUCUAGUAGUUUUCAACUCUCUUAUUAAAGGAUAUUUAGACAUUACAGACACGAAUGGAGUAGAUGAGGCACUGACAUUGAUGGAGGAAUUUGGGAUCAAACCAGAUGUGGUGACAUUUAGCACCAUCAUGAAUGCAUGGAGUUCAGCAGGGCUUAUGAACAAUUGUGAGGAGAUAUUCAAUGACAUGAUCAAGGCUGGGAUAGAACCUGAUAUCCACGCAUAUAGCAUCCUUGCAAAAGGCUAUUCACGUGCCGGACAGCCACGAAAAGCUGAGGCUCUUCUGGCUUCCAUGAGCAAAUAUGGUGUACAACCAAAUGUUGUGAUCUUCACUACCAUCAUAAGUGGUUGGUGUGCUGCAGGCAAAAUGGAUCGUGCCAUCAGACUUUUGGAGAAAAUGCAUGAAAUGGGAACUCCCCCUAAUUUGAAGACUUAUGAAACUUUAAUAUGGGGAUAUGGAGAAGCAAAACAACCAUGGAAAGCAGAAGAAUUACUCACUACUAUGGAAGAGAAUGGUGUUGCUCCUGAAAUGUCCACUAUGCAACUUGUUGCCGAUGCUUGGCGCGCCAUUGGUUUAUUCAAAGAAGCCAACAGAAUUCUGAAUGGUUCAGAAGAAGAUUCUGAGCUAGAUCGAAGUUUUGACAGCGACAAGAUGCCACCAGUCCGGAGUUUAGAAAGUAUUUACAAGAAACAGAAACUCAGUGCUUCGUCCUCCAAUCUGCUACAAAUACCUGAUGCUGUGGUAGCUCAUCCAGAAAGAACAAAUAAUGGCAACAUAAGAAGCCACAUGAUAGUCAAAGCACCCGACAACACGCGAAAUGCUACCAUUUCCAUGGUUUUAAUUCGUACAACAAGUUCAUAUGGAGUACAACCAAUGAUUGUAAGUAAGCAUCAAAUUCAAAAUCAGAUUGUUAGACCUUUGCUUGAUUGUUGCAAAGUAGUGUCAAUACUUUGUUGAGGUGACUCUGAGCUGGGAUGACAGUUCAAUACACCAUGCUGACGAGUUCAAGUGGAACAAUUGUAGAUAUCAUUGUUGAACUCCAUAAAUCAGAUCACAUACACUUGCAAGUUUGACAAAAUGCUGAUGUAAUUUGCAUUUGUUGAACUGCUGCUGCUUUUGUUCAGUAUUCACUUACCAAUGAAAUGUGUACGCUACAUGAGUACAGAAUUCAUUGAUUUGGAAUUUUGUGUGCAUUGCUUAUUGUGGGGAAGUCUCUUACUUCAAGAAAAAACUCUGAAAAGUUUAUGACCAUAUCAAUCAAAACUAAUUGCCCGCGACCAACAU